CACCCACACGCUAAUCCUUUGCUCCAAUAAGUGGCCCUGAGAGGGGGCGUGCGCUGCGAAGCAUUCUGGGAAUUGUAGUUUUCUGGACAGACGGGACAGUCGGUAGCAGACGCCGUGGUGCCGCCUGUUCUCCCGCCUUCAUUUCCCAUCGUGCUGAGGCGGGUGGCAUGGCGGAGAAGGAUGACACCGGACUUUGACGAAGAGGUGGUUUUUGAGAAUUCUCCACUUUACCAGUACUUACAGGAUCUGGGACAUACAGACUUUGAAAUAUGCUCUUCUCUGUCACCAAAACCAGAAAAAAGCACAGUGACAGAGGGACAACAAAAGCCUCCUGCAAGAGCCCUGCCAAAACGAAGCAUCCUGUUAAAAGUGGCUGAAACCAUCAAAAGUUGGAUUUUUUCUCAGUACAAUAAGAAAGAUGACUUACUUCACAAGUUGGUGGAGCCAUCCUCAUUCUUCAGUGAUACUAGGAUUGUGGAUACUGGAUUCCGACUCGACUCACUACAUACCAUCCUGCAACAGGAAGUCCUGUUACAAGAGGAUGUGGAGCUGAUUGAGCUACUUGAUCCCAGUAUCCUGUCUGCAGGGCAACCUCAACAACAGGAAAAUGGACACCUUCCAACGCUUUGCUCCCUGGCAACCCCUAAUAUUUGGGAUGUCUCAGUGCUGUUUGCCUUCAUUAGUUUGCUCAUUAUGCUUCCCAGUUGGUGGAUUGUAUCUUCCUGGUUGAUAUGGGGAGUGAUCCUGUUUGUUUAUCUGAUUAUAAGAGCUUUGAGAUUCUGGAGGACAGCCAAACUACAAGUAACUCUAAAAAAAUACAUUGUCCGUUUAGAAGAUACGGCAACAAAUAGCCGAGCUUUUACUAAUCUUGUGAGAAAAGCUUUACGUCUCAUUCAAGAAACUGAAGUCAUUUCCAGAGGAUUUACACUUUUGCUUGACAGGGUCAGUGCUGCUUGCCCAUUUAAUAAAGCUGGACAGCAUCCCAGUCAGCAUCUCCUCGGUCUUCGGAAAGCUGUCUACAGAACUGUAAGAGCCAACUUUCAAGCAGCAAGGCUCGCUACCCUAUAUAUGCUGAAAAACUACCCCCUGAACUCUGAGAGUGACAAUGUAACCAACUACAUCUGUGUGGUGCCUUUUAAGGAGCUGGGCCUGGGCCUUAGUGAAGAGCAGAUUUCAGAAGAGGAAGCACAUGACCUUACAGAUGGCUUCAGCCUUCCUGCUUUGAAGGUUUUGUUUCAACUCUGGGUGGCACAGAGCUCAGAGUUCUUCAGACGGUUAGCCCUAUUACUUUCUACAGCUAAUUCACCUCCUGGGCCCUUACUUACUCCAGCACUUUUGCCUCAUUGUAUUUUAUCUGAUGUGACUCAAGGUCUACCUCAUGCUCAUUCUGCCUGUUUGGAAGAGCUUAAACGCAGCUAUGAGUUUUAUCGGUACUUUGAAACUCAGCACCAGUCAGUACCACAACGUUUAUCCAAGACUCAGCAGAAGUCAAGAGAACUGAAUAACGUUCACACAGCAGUACGCAGCUUUCAGCUCCAUCUGAAGGCAUUGCUGAAUGAGGUAAUAAUUCUUGAAGAUGAACUUGAAAAGCUUGUUUGUACUAAAGAAACACAAGAACUAGUAUCAGAAUCUUAUCAAAUCCUAGAACAGAAGUUGAAGUUGAUUCAGCCCCAUGUUCAGGCGAGCAACAAUUGCUGGGAAGAGGCCAUUUCUCAAGUGGACCGACUGCUCCGAAGAAACACAGAUAGGAAAGGCAAGCCUGAAAUGGUGUGUGAAAACCCACGUUGUACUGUGGUACCUUUGACGCAGCCAACUCUACACAUCGCGGACAAAGAUCCAAUCCCGGAGGAGCAGGAAUUAGAAGCUUAUGUAGAUGAUAUAGAUAUGGACAGUGAUUUCAGAAAGGAUGAUUUUUAUUACUUGUCUCAAGAAGACAGAGACAGACAGAAGCGUGAGCAUGAAGAAUCCAAGAGGGUACUCCAAGAAUUAAAAUCUGUGCUGGGAUUUAAAGCAUCGGAGGCAGAAAGGCAGAAGUGGAAGCAACUUCUAUUUAGUGAUCACGCUGUGUUGAAAUCCUUGUCUCCUGUAGACCCAGUGGAACCCAUAAGUAAUUCAGAACCAUCAGUGGAUUCAGAUAUGGGGACAGUUGGUAAAAAUGAUACUGAAGAGGAAAAUAGUAAACCCUCCACAGCUGACAAUGAAAUAAGUAGUAGGACUGAGUAUUUAUGUGAAAACCCUCUAGAUGGUAAAAAUAAAGACAAUUCUGCAAAUGAAGUCUUCCUCCAAGGAGCUGAAGAAAGAGUGUGUUCCCAAUGUGAGAGUGAAGAGGAAUCUCGGCAGGCGGACGUAGGGAGCCUGUCCACUGCCCAUCCAGCUCCCGGGGACUUAUUACAGCCUUCCAUUAAGCAGAGGCUGGCACGGCUCCAGCUGUCACCGGAUUUUACCUUCACUGCUGGUCUUGCUGCAGAAGUGGCUGCUAGAUCUCUCUCUUUUACCACCAUGCAGGAACAGACUUUUGGUGAUGAGGAGGAAGAACAGAUAGUACAAGAAAAUGAAAAUGAGGUACAAGAGAAGUAGGAACCAAGAUUUACAUGGAGGAUUUUAAAUUAUUGCUUUUAUGCAAGUGUUUUAGCUUCAAGGCUAGAUAAUCCACUAGAAAGGGAAAAUGAGUGUUAAGUUUACUAUAUAUAAAGCUAAGAUGUGAAUUUACAGCAAGAACCCUGGUUUGAACAACUGAUCUGAAAAUAGUAGUUAACCUGUAAAUGGCAAAUCUUUUAGGAAAAUAAGAAAGGUAAGGGCUCUUUUGAAUAAACUGCUCUUUUUUUUUGCAGCACAGCUGAUCGAUCUUGGAAAUUCUUUAGGUACUUUUAAUAAGAAACAAAUUUAUCAUUUCUUGCCAGAAUUUGCUACCAUGAAAUGACUGGGAUAAUUCUGUUGCAAGAACAUUAACAUUUAGUAUGACUCCUUUUUACUGUAUUCUUGCAGCUCAUAGCUGCAGCUAUUAUGUUAAUAACAACUUGUUUGUAUUUUAUUUUUGUUUAUACCAGUCUUAAAACAAAGAUACAGGUUCUGAAUAAAAAAAAAAAAUGACUUCAUACAAUUAAUGUGUACUGGGGUUUGGAACUAAAAAGUAGUUUCAAAAAUACUGGGGUUAUGACAUUUUUUUUUUUUUUUUAUGUUUCCUUGUUCAUAUGUGUAUUUGGUAGUUAAUUUUAAGGUGUCCUAAUAAUCUUUAAAAGAAAAACAUUGUACUGUUUUAAAAAUUACCCUUUCAAAUA